UCUCAAAUAUGACUAAUUUGGGAAUUGGGAGUGGAGUAUUUUGGGAGUAAAGAGUAGUCAACUCUUCCUCGCCAUUGUGUUGUCCUGACCGCCAUCUCUCUGCUCAUUGCCGUUCACAUCAGCUGUUCACCUGGCGUCUCCAUCUUCGUCUAUCCAUCUUCAUCUCUCCCGUCAGGCAUUCUUACACAGUACAUAUAUAUACAGACCCACUGAUACUUGUGUGUUUGAGGAGGUUGAAUUCUUGAUUGCGUCAAUGCGUAGAAAGAGCGAGUGCCAGAUUUUGUGGAAUUAGGGUUCUCAAUUUGAAGAAUGCCGCUGAGCAGGUACAAGAUACGGAAUGAGUUCAGCCUGGCUGAUCCGGACCUGUACGGGGCCGCCGAUAAAGAUGACCCGGAGGCUGUCCUGGAAGCCGUGGCCAUGGCUGGACUUGUAGGCGUCUUGCGCCAGCUUGGUGACCUGGCCGAGUUUGCUGCUGAAAUAUUUCAUGAUUUGCAUGAAGAAGUUUUGGCAACUGCCGCAAGAGGCCAUAGUCUGACUAUCAGGGUGCAGCAGCUUGAGGCAGAUUUCCCAUCAAUUGAGAAUGUGAUUCUUUCACAGACCAGUCACUCCUCGUUCUUCUACAAUUCUGGCACAGAUUGGCAUCCUAAUCUCCAUAUGGAUCAAAAUUUGGUUACACAGGGUGAUUUACCAAGAUUUGUGAUGGAUUCUUAUGAAGAAUGCAGGGGUCCACCUCGCUUAUUUCUUCUAGACAAGUUUGAUAUAGCUGGUGCUGGAGCUUGUCUAAAACGUUAUACUGAUCCUUCCUUCUUUAAGCAGGAAGCUUCAUCCUUUGAAAUGAUCAAUUCCAGUUUUCAUAGAGAAAGGAGAACACGUAAAGCUAAGCAGAAGAAAGGACAGCGCGGGAGGAACAGUCAAACCCCUGAGGUGUUACCCACAUCACAUGUCAAGCUACAUCAGUUGUUCAUGGAGGAGGAGCUUAUCGAAAAUGGGAAUAAUGACUCUAGACGUCAUGUGAAAAUAAAAAGAAGGCUAAAUGGUUUUCCUUUUGACUCAAAAACUGGCAAAAGCUACAUGGAAAAGUUUUUGAGAACUCCUUCGCCAGAGCAUAAAGCUGUUCAUGAAGUAUGUGCAGAGUCAGUGCAAUUGAAGCUGCCAUUAAGUAGUGCGUAUGAAACUGAGCCUGAUUAUAGUGGAUCCAGAAAGGCAAGCGGCGAUGAAAAGCUCACACGCUCACAGAUAAACCUAUCACCAUCUCUAUCGCCACCACAAAGCGAAGAGAAUGAUGUACUAGAAGAACUAAACGAUGCUCCAUAUGAGGCUGUAACUGAUGAUGACGUUUUAGCUAUUUCUACCCGCAGCCUUGGCUUUGAUGUAGGUGACAAUUUGCGUAGUUUUUAUAAAGUGGCCACUGGUAAUGAAGUAUUAAUCAACGGAGAAGACACCACGGGAGAUAUCACAAAGGAUUACCACUCCGAUGAUGUUUGCAGUGAGGCAGAGAAUUAUAUGGAUGCCCUUGCUAGCAUGGAUUCAGAUUUAGAUACAGACUCCGAGUUGAGAGCCAGAACUCAUUCCCCGGCUUUGAACAGAGACAAGCGUUUGAUGACAAAUCUUGAUCAGAUUCGGUCUCGAUCGUGUGACUCUCAAUCAGUGGGCAACUCCACUUCAUUUGAUGAUGCAAAUAGCGUAUCAAAAAAAGAAGAAUCUAGUUUUUCUUCUUCUGUAUCUCCUUGCACUUCUGUUGAAACUACUGCACCUCUGGAAGGUCAUGCUGCUAACAUGACUGAGAUCCGUGAAAUUCAGAUGUGCUCUCCAGUUGGCUCGCAACAUAUUGGAGAGUCAGUUGCAUCAGCCCAUCCUUCAGAACAUGCUUUUUUUGAUGUAUCUACCGAAGCUGCAGAACACCACAGUCAAAGCUAUGACUUGGAACAAUCUAGCACUUCAACUCUUCAAGAUUGUUCUUUGAAUCAAGGAAUAGUGAAGGCUGGGACAGUCACGAAUGAAGAUGCUUUGGUGAAACCAACUAUUAGGGAAGCUUUAUCUACUCUUGAUAAAGAUGAAUUCAAUUCCGCUGGUGUUGCAAAAACGGGAGUGUCUCAGCAUAUGGUUGCUUCUGCUCCGAUUGAGUUAGUCAAUCCAGGCCAAGAAGUUGGUGAUUUGCCACCUAUAGUGUCUGCUGAAAGUGAGUUGCUAGGUGAGAUACACACCACAGAUAAGAAUGAAGGAAAUGAUCUUACUUAUUCAGCAAAUCAUUCUGAUGUUCCUUGUGCCAGUGGAUAUGAUAAACCAGCUCCGCUGCUUAUUGAUGUUCACAAUGAGGACUUAAGUAACAAUCUUUAUGUAUCUAACACAUUACUUCCUCAAAGUAAAAACAAGUAUUUGGAUAUGCCAGGUGGGGAGGUCUUGGAUUUGGUCGAGAAUACAAAUUAUUUAGAUGAUCUCUCUCAUUGUCUUACAUCAAGCGAAAUUGGUUAUUUUCCUUCUUCGUCUACUGUUAACUACUCAACUGAUGAAUUGGAUAAUGAGGGUCGUAAUGUUAUACCUUGUGUUUCAGUUCAUCAGCCAAAUAUAUUAGAGGCUUCUUUGGAAGAGGAACACAUCAAACAUGAUUUGUGUAUUGCAUCAUUGGAAGGGAGUGCUGAAGAUAAUUGUUCACAUAUUCGUGAAUAUCACAUUGAUUCACCAAACUUGCCCGUGGUGCAAAUUGAAAACAAACCUUUUGAUUCAGCUUCCAAACAUGACACUGUUCAUACUAGUGUAAACUUGGACGAGACAUUGAGGUUUGAGGAAGAAAAUGCUAAAGGUACUUGUGGUACACUUUCAGACGGUAAGGUUGGUCCACCAAACCUCUCAAGCAUGCAAAUUGCUCCUCGGAUUUCUGGUAUGACACAUCCCAUCCCGCUACUUGAUACUAGAGAACUUAUUAUCUCACAAAGUAUGCAGGCAAAUCUUGAUGAGGCCCUAGAUAAAAGAUUUGCUGAAAAGCUUGGUCAUUUUCACCCUAGUCCAAGUUUGACUGAAGGGGAGACCUCUGCACUGUCUCCUUACCCUGAUUUAACAAGUGAGGAGAAACCCUCAGUCUUACAUGUAAGGGUGACUGAGGCUCACAGAUUAAAUAAUGGUGGUAUAUCUGCUUCUUUGGGUAUUGAAGGGCUUCAAGAUGACUCUGGCGAGCUAAGUGAAGUUGGCCACCACGCAAAUUAUCUUGAUCAGCAUGUCACUGAUGGCUAUGGCCACUUUCAGCCUGCAGUGCUUCCCUGUGAUCCUAAUAAAACCAGUUCCAUGGAGCUACCUUUUGAGCAAAGUUCUUUAGAUGUUGACCAAAUAUCUUUUGCUGGGAACAAUUUUAGGGAUGCCAUGGGACACACUUCAAAUUUGCAAGAUCAUCCAUGUGCUGAGCAUGAACCGGAUAUGCCAAGAUAUGAAUUUGAUCAUGAAGAAGAACUUGGUAAGGGUGGCACAGAUUCAAAACAUUUUCCCCAUAAAGACCAAGAACUUUUUUGUCAAGGUGACCAAGAUGCGAUAUUUGAUACAUCUUCCAAAUUUGUGGUUACAAACAUUCUGGACCAACUACCUUUUCCAGAAGGCAAUUGUGAAGAUUCUUCCUCAUCUCUGGCAUCUCAGUAUGAAAAACAAAAGGUUGUGAACAAUUGCAGCCAGCUUGAUAAGGAGUUGCUGAUUGGUGAUGAGGGAAUUUCAACUUCAGUUCAGCCACCUCAGUCAGAACAGAGACAACUGUUGUGUUUCACUGAAUUUGAAAGAUCUGUUAACCCUUCUUCCAAAAAAGAGAAAACAGAAAUGCCAAUUCAUUGUUCAUUGCCAAAGCUUUUACCACAAGAAUACCAUGAAGGUUCCUUAUAUGUGCCAAGUCAUGACUGUGCAGGAGUUCCAGGUCAUGUUCACCAUGAUGAAUCCUUUGACUCUUCUCCCAAAACUACACAUGAAAGCCCUCCAUGUCAACCUUCAGUGCCAAGACUCUUCCCAGAAGGCAACAAUACUGUUAACAUAUUUGAACAGUGUAAUAAUCCAUUCACUUGUGUACCUCCUGGUGGAGGAGUGCAUCUUGGGACAGAUCAGACCAAUCUUGAGGAAAUGCCUCCACUGCCUCCUCUCCCUCCUGUUCAGUGGAGGAUAGGAAAGUUUCAGCAUGCUUUCCCUUAUGAGAGAGACAACAACAACAUUACCCCAGAGAUGAUGAAAAAUGAAGCAUGUGUGUUGCCUAGCUUGCCAUCUGAAUUUGAUCAGGCAGUUCAACCUUUGGUAAAAUUACCUCCUAUAGAGAUAACAGAUGGGGAUUCACCUCUUGCUUAUCAGAAUGAUGCAAUUUACGAUGGUUCAUUCCCUUCACAUAUGCCAAAUGAAGUUUAUGAUGAAAAUGACGAACAAUUUUUUGAUGUUAUGGCCAGAAUGCAGCCUCUAAAUUCGUUCUCACAAGUAAUUCAUGUAGAUAAAUCACACACAAUUUCCUCUAAGACAUCAUCAGGAGAACAUGACCAGCCUGCUAAGCAGGUAACAGAUGCUACAAGUUUAAAUGAACAGGAGCCUGAUAAAGACUUCAAAAAUUUGGAAGAAACUUCGACAACGAAUAAUAGACAAGGACCAUUUGUCAGUUCAGAUGAUUCUGAUUCCGUGGGUUCUUCUCUGUUAGCGAACACUGGCUCUACAAGUCUGGAGGAAAAUUUCACAACAGAAAUAGAAUCAGUCCAACCUGAGCAUCCAAUAGCCCUUGAUCAUCAAGAAUUAGCCAAACCUGAGUCUCACUUGGCAACCGAGACAGGCUCGAAUGGACUGGAUCUUGACAAAGCCUCUGUAAUUUCGCAGGAGAAUCUGUUCAGACAUGAGACUAUAGAAAUGGAGAAUGAAUCAACUCAGCCCGAACACCAAAUAGCAUCAGAGAUGAACUUGAAGGAACAAGAGUGUGAGAAGGGCUCUGCACAGGUGGAGGAGAAUACGGUCAGGGGUGAUACAGUACGCUCAGUACUGGAGGCAAAAUUACGUAACCCUCUGUACAGAAAGCCUAAUUUAGACGGAGAUAUUUUAUGGCCAGCUGUGGAAGAUGGAGCGGUGAAUGAGAACAAGAAAAUGAAGCUGCCUCGACCUCGAAGUCCUCUUAUAGAUGCCGUAGCUGCACAUGACAAAAGCAAAAUGAGGAAAGUGAAUGAUAGAGUUAAACCCCCCGUACAAAAGGCAGAUGAGAGAAAUAAUCUUCUAGAGCAGAUAAGGAACAAGUCAUUCAGUCUGAAGCCAACAGUCGUGACAAGACCACCCAGCGUUCAGGCUCCUCAAACCAAUCUGAAAGUUGCUGCCAUUUUAGAGAGAGCAAAAACGAUUCGCCAGGCUUUUGCUGGAAGUGAUGAAGAGGAAGACGAGGAUUCUUGGGAUUAAUUUAUUCAAGAAAAAAAAGAGUUUCUCAAUUUAAUCCGUUGGCUCUCGCAUGUUCCAGAUUCUCAAAAUAUCUUACCAGGUUUUGGUAGAAAGAGCGUCGUUCCACCCAACCCCCAAUGUAAGAUAUAUACUCACCUCCUCCAUAGCAUGUAUUCACUUAGGAUUCUAAUAGUUUAUUAUAAUAUCUCCAGUGUGCUAGCACAAUCUUAUUCAUUUUCUCUGUAAAUCUUUUAGUUGUCCUAUUUCACGACCGUUUUUUUAUUUUACAUUGUAUAAAAAAUACUAACGGUGAAAUUCAUGAAGCACUAAUUGUGCAUAUAUAUAUAUAUGUCGAACGGGUAGGAUAUGAUGUGGUGAAUAGAUUAAUAGUUAAUAGAUAUGAUGUGAUUUGUAUGCUAAAAAUUACUGUUGCAUUUCACGAUUAUCUUUUGGCUGGAGGUUAGUUUGAGAACGAAUGGAUCAGAGGAAGAGCUAAAUAGAUUAUACUCCGUAUGUAAUUUCUUGUAACUUGAUCUUGUUAUAAAACUGUUAAUCAAUUUUUUUCUUCUUAAUUAUCUGCUUUAAUUUUCAAGAAAAUGUAAACAAAAGAAACUAGUGUACUCCUAUAUGUAAUAUUCACUAACAAGGAAGCUGUUUCAGUUUAGGUUAUUUUUGGUGUGUUGGGUCAUCUUUGUAUAUAGAAGUUUUCUCACCAUGGCCACAACUCAAGCAGUUUGCAUGGAACUGAUCCUUUGUUUGUUGCUUCUGAACUGCAAUUGGAAGAAAGGGACAUCACAUCA